GGUGUCUGAGGUACAAGGCCUCCGCCUGCCUUAACUACGUUUGCGGGAGAGGGGAGGGGCGUAUCCCACACCCGAGUGCAGCCAGGUGGCCCUGAGGAAAGGGUGGGCGGUCCCAAGCCUUCCUACGUCCGCAGCCAAGCACCUGCUGCCCCGCACCCAGCAGGCUCCGCAGACGCUAGCGAGAAGCGGCGGGGGAAGGAAGGUGGCCCCCGCGGGGCCAGGCGAGGCAGGAGGCGGAGACUUGCUGUGACAGUCUGUGGCUAUAGGAACCAGCCGGGCCGGCCCCCAACAAAGCCGGCUCCCGGGGGAGGGAGGCAGCAGCCCGAGCCCUACAGCUGCACCCUGCGCCGGUAGGAGGGGGAGGAGCAGCUCUGGCUCGGCUACACGGUGGGCUCCAGAGCCAGGUGCAGAGGGAGCCGGGCCCGGGCGGGGCCCCGGCCAGCUCCGCCCCGGGAAUCCGGGUGCCACGGGAGCAGGUGCGGCGGCCGGCGGAGCCGCGUCCCCGGCUGGCUAGCGGGGGAUGGGCGCUGGGCACCGGCAUAGAGAUGAUCCGCGCCCGGGGAGGUCCCGGCCCAUGAUGCGGCUCUGAAGCUGGAUGACAGCGCAGCUCCGUUCCCUCCCCUUCCCCGGUGUCACGGGCGCCGCGGCUGCUUCGGCUCUGUCUUCUCGUAGCAUCAGCGGGCUGGCUCCGAAUCCGGCGAUCCGGUCUGGAUAUAGACCCUCCUUCGUGGUCAUCCGGAUCGCACGGUACCCCGUUCCGUUGCGGAUUGCACACCUCUUUCCCAUCCCGGGAAUCGUACUCCAGCCGGACUGCACUCUUGACUCUACCCGUAACUGCAUCGCAUUUCGCAGCAGCUACAAGGAUUGGAGAUUAUUUUCCUGCCUCUCUGGAUCGCACACAGUUUCCUUGCACCUCUCCAGGUUGCAGAGCAGCGCUGCACUGACCCGAUUGCACAACACGCCUGCAGGGCUCCAGAUUGCACACUAGUUACUUGCCGGGAUUAGAAUUGUACAGAAGCUCUUGCACAGGUCCAGAUUGCACAUUACUUACCUGCACCAAUUCAGAUUGCUCAAUAGCCUUCAGCUAAUCCAAACUGCACAAAAUCCUUUACAGCUAAUUAGAUUUGCACAGCAGAUCCCAGCACUGAUUGCACUAAUCCAGAUUGCACACUACUUACCUGCACUGAUCUGGAUUGCACACUAUUCACCUGCACAGAUCCAGAUUCAAUUUACACAUUAUUUACCUGCACAGAUCCAGAUUGCACAGCAGCUUCUGCAAGUGUCUGAUUGUAUUUGCUCUCUGCCAAAAUUGUUAAAAAAAUGUUGCCAGGGUCUAUCCAGAUCUCUGGGGAGACUUUAUCAAGUGCUGAGAUCCGGGAUAUUUGUGAGAGCCUGCGGGAGAACUCAGUGCGACUGCUGUCACUCCGGGGCUGCCAGCUUUCUGACCGGGAUUUUGGGCGCAUUUGCCGCGGGGUAGCAGAAUCUCACUCCUUGGCUCAGCUCAAUCUCAACCUGGGGAUUGUCUCCAACAUCAACCGAGUCAAGCAACUGGCGGAAGCCCUGAAGACAAACCGCUCUGUCCAGUCUCUGUUCCUCCAUGGGAGCCCCCUGACAGAUGCCGGCCUAGCUCUCCUCAAUCCAGCACUCUCCAUCCAUCCCUCACUGGUGGCUUUGGACUUGGGGGACUGCAUGCUGGGUGACGAGGGCAUCAAUUUGAUCUGUGGGCUUCUGCCUCCCGAUGGAGCCAAGUCAGGCCUUAAAGAGUUAACUCUGAGCGCAAACCCGGGUGUCACAGCCAAAGGUUGGGGGCGCCUGGCCAUUGCGGUGGCUCACAGCUCCCAGGUGCGAGUGCUGAACCUGGACUACAAUCCCCUUGGUGACCAGGUAGCAGGGAUGCUGGCUGUUGCUGUGGCCUCCAGUCGUACCCUGGAGGUUCUGGACCUAGAAGGAACAGGACUUACCGACCAGUCAGCUCAGACCUUACUGGACAUGGUGGAGAAUUACCCGACAGCCUUGCGGACACUGAUCCUGGCAGAGAAUAGUAUCAGUCCUGAGCUGCAGCAGCAGAUCUCAGACCUGCUCUCUGAGGGUGAGGAAGAGGAGGAGAAUGAAGCUCAAGAGGUCACAGCCAGGGAGAAGAACCCCUGGAUCUGCCAGAGCAAUCCCAGCUCUCAGAUGGUCUUGGUAACAUCAGGUCUGGGUGAGAACCUCUUAGCAGAAACAGAGAUGUGACUAGGAUACUCCAGCGGCAUCGCUGAGAAAAAGCAUUGUUUGCCUGUAUGUGAGGGCCAUGUGCAAUGCGUGCAUGGAGCAUGUGUUUGUGUCUGCGUACACACCACACAUACUGGGUGAAUGUUUAUGCUGUGUGCGUGUGUGCACGUGCCUCCAGCAGGCCUGUCCCAAUUGUGCAGUCAUAUCCCUCAAGUCCUAUCAAUGCCACUUUUCAGCUCAAGAGUUUUGGAUCCUACCCCGAGUGAAUCUACAUGAGUGUCUGUGUCACAUGCUCUAUCUGCUGCUUGUGCUUGUCCACUUACUGCAUGUUCAAAUCACUUGCCCUCCCCUUCCUAGCUGUACAUUCCUGAAGCACAUGCUGGAGGCUGUAUUUAUUCAGAGGUGUAUAUUUGUGUAUAACAGAUAUUCUUUCUAUUGCUUGUACCAGUGUCUUGAGAAGAAUUUUAUAAAGUUCACAGACA